CCCCGUGUAUCCACGCGCUCACACGGCUUGCUCAUCUUGUCUCGCCAGGCAUCGCCCAUCGUGGCUCGAUCGCGCCUCAUGGCGUCGUUCGUCAUCGUCCAGCGCUGUUGGCUGCCUCGCGCGUCACACGGCGCACGCGACGCCGUCGUGGCGUAUAUAUCACCCCUUUUCGUCGCGCGCUUCCUGAUUGCCGCGCGCACUGAGAAGCGCUGAGAAUCCGGCGCGUCGCCGUCGCGGCGACGUGAAUAAUCCGGAUGCUCGCUGCUCGCUUGCCCUCGCCGUGCAAUUUCUUUCCUGUCAUAUAAUUGUCGCUUUAUUGAUUUUCUUUUUCUUUAAUUUCGGCGCAUCGCGCCCUACGCGACAAUGCGCACUGUCGAAAUCAUAAUUCGCCCGUAUCGUGCGACAAUAACAUGCAUGAGGAACGCAUCAGGGGAAACAACGUCGUCUCGCGUGUCGAUCUGUAAAGAUAUUUUCAGUUUUAAUGACGAUCGGAACGAUUUGUCUUGUAGGAACGCUUGCAUUUCCGUGAUGUAGGCUUGGCACUUUAGUUAUUUUUCACAAUCACUGGAUAACGAAGGGUAGAAGGUUUAAAGCAAGAUUAUCUUAUAAAUGGAUAUAGUACCUGUAUGAAGAUAAAAUUAUUAAUGAAUAUAAACACUGUCGUAUAAGAUAUUUCGAUCAUGACGAGUAAUAUAGCAACUAUAAAAUUGGAGGAGGGACAAGAAUCUGUCACAGAAAUACAAACUUAUUUGGAGACAUUUAAUAAGGAGAUAGAAGGAGGACAAGGAGAACAGCUCCAACAUGUGCAAUUGCAACAAGUGGAGGGAUUAUCCGGUGGAGAAGAAGGUGGGACAUAUUUUGUUGAUCAAUCUGGUCAGUAUUAUUACCAAGCAAGUAGCGACGAACCACCUGUGAUGACACAGGUGCAAAUACAAGAAAUAGAGGAAAGUGAUGUACAAAAUGAGGGAGAGGUGACUCAAGAUGAACAGUAUCAUGAGAUUGAGGAGCUUGAAAAUGCCGAAGGUGACGAAGAUGGUCAAGGGGCCAACAAUGAGAACAAUCAAGUUGUGAUUAAUUCCGGUGAUGCAUAUCAAACUGUUACUAUUGUACCAUCCGAUACAAAUCCUGGAGAAGUUAGUUAUGUUCUGAUAGUUCAGCAGCCUGAAUCAGAAGAAAAAGAGAGCAGGCCUGCAGAAGGUGAAGUGACAGCGGCAGCAACAGAAGCAACAACAGCAACAGCAGAUGGAGAGGAGGCAGAAGGUGAACAAGAUCUGACUGUGUAUGACUUUGAAGAUAAUGAAGACAACGAAGCUCCAGCCGAAUCUGAGGCAGAGGAUGAUAAGGCUAAAGUCAUUAAGUUUCUUCCAAAGAAAUCUCAAACUGUGACACAGGCCCAUAUGUGUAACUACUGCAACUACACUAGCCCAAAGCGGUAUCUUUUAUCACGGCAUAUGAAGUCUCACUCGGAAGAAAGACCACAUAAAUGUAGUGUUUGUGAGAGGGGAUUUAAAACUCUGGCUUCUCUUCAGAAUCAUGUCAACACACAUACUGGGACCAAGCCUCAUCAUUGUAAAUUUUGUGACAGUGCAUUUACAACAUCUGGUGAACUUGUAAGACAUGUUCGGUACAGACACACUCAUGAAAAACCGCACAAAUGCCAUGAAUGUGAUUAUGCGUCUGUCGAACUAUCAAAACUGAAGAGACAUAUUAGAUGUCAUACAGGCGAACGACCCUAUCAGUGUCCACACUGUACAUAUGCAAGCCCGGAUACAUUUAAAUUGAAACGUCAUCUUCGCAUUCACACUGGCGAGAAACCAUAUGAGUGUGAUUUUUGUCAAGCGAGGUUUACACAAUCCAAUAGCUUGAAAGCACAUAAAUUAAUACAUAAUGUAGGCGAUAAACCAGUAUUUCAAUGUGAAUUGUGUCCAGCCACAUGUGGUAGGAAAACUGAUCUCAGAAUCCACGUGCAAAAGUUACAUACUUCUGAUAAGCCCCUAAAAUGUAAACGUUGUGGAAAAACAUUCCCGGAUAGAUAUAGCUAUAAGUUGCAUAGCAAAACCCACGAAGGGGAGAAGUGUUACAAGUGUGAUUUAUGUCCAUAUGCGUCCAUAUCGGCCCGUCAUUUGGAAAGUCACAUGCUCAUCCAUACUGAUCAGAAGCCGUACCAAUGCGAUCACUGCUUUCAGUCAUUUAGGCAGAAACAACUACUCAAACGUCAUUGCAAUCUUUAUCAUAAUCCUACCUACGUCCCGCCACCACCACAAGAAAAAACGCAUCAAUGUCCAGAAUGUGAAAGAGCAUUUAGACAUAAAGGAAAUCUCAUCCGACAUAUGGCUGUUCACGAUCCAGAAUCGUCUCUACAAGAAAAACAACAAGCUCUUAAAAUUGGCAGACAGAAAAAGAUUCAAAUCAUCGACGGUCAACGUGUUGAAGUGAUGACAGGUGAUUUAGCUAAUAAACUUAAAGGUUACGACGAUGAAGAAGAAGAAGAAGACGAAGACGAUAUGAUGGCAGUACAAGGCAGUGAUGGCCAGCAAUACGUCGUACUAGAAGUGAUACAAUUAGCUGACAAUCAAGGAACUGAUCAGAUGGCUGUGGUUGCAAACGAAGAUGGAGAGUUGGUAAUGCAAGACCCACUGAGUCAAGAAAGUGGUAUGGUGACUGGAACAGGAGAGGAAGUUGAUGAUGUCGAAGAGGAAGAUAUGGAGAUGCAAGACUUAAAGAUAGAAUCCGUUACUGUUACUCCUACUAAAUCCUCGGCACAAAACACACAAAAUGAUCCAAAAUUACAGAAGGAAAUGGAGACUUGUUUUGGAUUUGAUGAAGAGGAAGAGGAAGAAGAAAGCGGUAGUAAUAUAAAUAUGUUGUAACAACAAUUCGUAAUAAUAUACAUAAUUAAUAUACAUAAUUAAUAAUAUACAUAAGAAAAGAAACGUACCUACUUAAUAGUCUAAUGUUUUACUUUUGUGUCCCAGUGUUAGUGUAUAUUACAAAUACUAAACAAAAAAAAAUGAUUAAAAAAUCGAAAAAAACUGUUUACCGUGUACAGAAAAACGGAGUGCAGUGUAUUACUAUCUAAAAAUACUUUACACAUAGUUUUUGGAGAGUGGAGAAGAGAGAAAGAGAGAACUAUUUUUUGGGACUGUAAUUUGGUCCACAUAUGGUACAAUUGUACCAUUAGUGCAUUAGAUACAUGUAAUAAUUUAUGACAAAAAUAUUGUUCCCUAUUCAGACAAAAAUAUUGUAGAUCUAGUUAAAUAUCAAGUAAGUGUAUUGUAAAAUAUUUACAUUAUCAUUUGCAUUAUUAUUCAUGUUGUCAA